AUGUUGAUAAAUAGCCAUGUAAAGCGAUUUUUAGUGUCACAAUUUAAAUUGAAUUCCAAACUGAUUACGACAAGUCGUGCAAGGACUACAGCUGCAGCCCAGACUACUUCAUCAGAAGAUAUAAAGCAUCUGGACACCACAGACCCUAGUGUAAAUUAUAAAGGAAACUAUGAUAUCAUCAUUGCUGGUGGAGGAAUGGUUGGAUGUACUCUAGCUUGUGCUUUAGCAAAACACAAAUUACUUUCAAAUUUGAAAGUGUUACUAUUAGAAAGCAGUCCAUCCAAGAAAACUGAAAUAUCUCAGGAAUAUAGUAACAGAGUUGUUGCGCUAAAUCAAAAUACAAAGUCUUUGAUGCAAUCACUUAAUAUAUGGAAGCAUGUUGAAAAGAUAAGACUGCAACCUGUGAGAUAUAUGCAAGUAUGGGAUGCAAGUUCUGAUGCCAUGAUAUCAUUCAGUAGUGCCGAGCUGCUAGAUGAUGAUGUAGCUUAUAUAGUCGAAAAUGAUGUUUUACUCCACGCUGUCAACACAGAGUUACAUGCUACUCACAACGAUAAUGUCAACAUACUCUACAAUGCAAAGAUAGCUGGGUACCAGCUUCCUACAGGCACUGAGAAAUCCAAUAAGAGUACAGUGAAAAUGGCCAACGGAGACACAUACACGUGUCAACUAUUGGUAAGUACACACUAA